AAUCAAUAAUGAAUCAUUUUAUUUAAUCUACAUGAUACACUCGAAAAAUCACGUAACUAUUGGGUAAAAUAAAAUUUGUAAACAUGGUUUCCCACUUCAUUUAUUUUAUGAAUAAAAAUACUGUGACAAAAUACGCAACAAAAAACCGAAUUCAUCUUCAACAACAGAUAUGUCGUUUUCUUCCUAAUGUCGAGUUUAGAAAAUAUUUAACGGAGUACCAGUUGAUGGCCGGUGUACCAUUAAGACUGAAUUAUUUAGAGGACAUUCAGAAUUACUUCCGAAAACGUUUGAGACGAAAUCAAGUCAGUCGACGUGAUACGCAUGGAACCGAAAUUUCCACAUCUCUACGAAAUAAAUCGCCACGACACAGCGGAGACCAGUCUCAAUGUGAUAGACUAGGAAUCUUAAUUGAUAAGCCAAAAUACAGACAAUAUGGGACUCUUGAAUCUCGAAUUGGAUCAUUUGUGAAUUGGCCUGAGAAUAAAACACAGGAUAAAAGUCAACUAGCGGCAGCUGGUUUCGCUUAUACGGGCGUGGAUGACUCUGUAAGGUGUUUUUAUUGUAGUAUAGGUCUAAGAGACUGGCCAGAAGGUGCCUGUCCCUGGAAACAACAUAUUCUGGCGAGUCCCGCUUGUGGUCAUGUGAUUCAGUGUAAAGGUAAAGGAUAUAUUAGAAGAAUUCUAGGAGAACACAGUCAAGAUUCCGACGACGAACUUUCUGAUUCAGAUGAUGUUGUGGACACCGUGCAGUUAGCUAUAGCUAGGAACAAGGAGGCAGUUAGUGCUGCAAGGGAAUUUUGUACAGAUGAAGAUAACAUAAAAAGAGCUAUAAAAACACUAAUAAGUAAAGACUUACAGAGUAAUUUUUCAGCAGUUGAACUCGUGAAAACCAUACAAGAAAUUAAAGAGAGAAAUGUACAGAUAAAUCAAACCGAACAACUUCCAAGCAAUGAAGAGCUAAACGGUAUUGAAACAGAUGAAGACUCUUCAGAAUCAGAAGGGGAUAUUGUAGAAAAUAAUAGAAAGUUAAAAGAUCCAGUAACUUGUAAAAUAUGUUUUGAUGCAAUUGCAUGGAUUAUUACUCUACCUUGCGGUCAUAUGGUUUGUUGUAGUCAAUGUAUUCCAGCACUCACUAAAUGCGCAAUUUGUAGAGCACAAAUAAAAGGCACUGUGCGAGCUCGUAUGGCCAUUUGAUAUUUUUGAACUUCUGUUAUUGUGAAAUAACGAAGCUCAACAGAUUAAAAUCAUGUGGACAUUCAACGAAGUAUGUAUAUUCUGAACAAUUUGUUUUACUUAUGUGAUGUCAUACCCUUCCUUAUAAUUUCGGACGAAACUCAUCGAUGGCUUUCACAAAAUAUUGAUAUAUAUGCUUUUAGUGUUUCAUUUUCCUUAAGGGUAUAGUAUUUGUGAAUCAUGAAUUCAUAUCUAUUUUGCUAAUCCGAGUUUGUCCGUUUAAUACAAAUGUGUUUUUGUUUAAGAAAUGAUAAGUUCCCAAACGUGGUUUAUCGUAUAAUAACCCGAGUUUUGAGUUCUUAUGCGUAAGAAUAUAUCUCGAAGGCCGUAGGCCUGAGUGAUAUAUUGUUUCGCAUAAGAACGAAAAACUCGGGUUAUUUUACGAUAAGUCACACUAGGGAACUUAUUAUUUCGAUUCUAACACGACAUUAUAGUAUCAACAGUGUUAGAAAAAAUAGUAACUACUUUUUGCGACCGUGCUACGCACCUUGAUCGGAUGAUGUCAUUGCACGCGAGUGGUUUAUUGCAGAAUAACCCGAGAUUGAUGUAUGUAGGUUAUUUGCUGGUCGUGUUAGAAUAUUUAUUUUCUCUGUCUGGUCUUUUCGAAUGUUGCCUUUAUUGUUUUCCUUUCAUUACUCAAGUUAUACAUACGCACGUUCGUAGGAAUUCUAACAAUCCUUUGGAUGACAUGCAUGAUCAUAAGUUUUCCUCUUUGUACAUUUAAGCUAUUGCUUUUCGUGAAUGUUUGUAUUAAGAUAACAUUCUUUUUGCUGAUAGAAUGAUGAAAGCGGACAUAAAUCGACAAAACUGUUCAAAUAUUUACAGGUGCUCAAUAACAUUUAAGUAACAGAUAAUGACAUUUUUAAGUUUUCAUAUAUUUCAUUAGAAAUUUAUCUAAGAAAUAAAAACAGUCAUUACUUAGAGUUAGAAUCCUAUUAAGAUAAAUAAUUUGCUAUUUUAUGAAAUUUUGUAAUAACCCCCUUUAAUAUGAAUGUAUUUAAAAAGUAAACUAGUUUAUAUUUGCAUUGGAUAGAUAUUGGUCUGAGUAGAAAGGGAAGUUUUGUAGCUUACGAAUUCAUUUUUUCCAAUUUGUCAUGGUUACGCAUCAAAAAUAGAUAAGCGGAUAUAAUAACGAUGAUAAUAAUAAUAAUAAAAUAAUAAUAAUAAUAAAAUAAUAAUAAUAAUUAUAAUACGGAUUUGCAUUUCUAAUGAAUUUCUGCUAAAUGUAUAUUUGUGAAUGUCAAUCUUUGGCAAAGAAAAUAGAAUACUUCCUUUAUUCGUAUAAUUCCUUAGGCAAUAUAUUUACAAGUAGGCUUCUUUUAAAAAAGAAACCUAGGAGAGGUCCAGUGUUGCCAGUUAUUAUGCAUUUGUUUAUAGCUCAUUCCAAAGUGGUUACUUUUGCGUUGCUGAAUAUUCAAAGUCAGUUCGAUGAAGAUAAAUGUAAAAUUCG